AUGGAUGAAGAAGAAGAACAAGAUCAUGAGGUCUUGGAGGAGAUGCACACAGGUGAUGAGGCAGGUCCCUUUCCGGGAGAUGAUGCAAAUGCAGAUCAGCCAGACUCGUUGGCAGCAGGGUGCAGGGGAGGAGAGGAGGUCUCGGGGGAUAGCUAUGCAAGUCAGCACAGUUCCCCAGAGGUGCAGAUUGGUGGCAGUGAGAAGGAGGAAGAGGUGACUAAGCCACCUUGCUCUGAUGGCAGCCUGGUGAAAAGACAGGAGAAAGGGCAAGCAGCAGCUCCACGACGAGCCCCACGCGCAGAGCGGCCCACCAUUUGCUCCGAGUGUGGCAAGGGCUUCAGUCGGAGCAUCCACCUCAUCCAGCACCAGCGCAUGCACACGGGCGAGCGCCCGUUCCUGUGCGGGGAGUGCGGCAAGGGCUUCAGCCAGAGCUCCCACCUCAUCCAGCACCGGCGGGUCCACACGGGCCAAAAACCCUACACCUGCGCCGAGUGUGGAAAGAGCUUCAGCCAGAGCUCCAACCUCCUCAAGCACCAGCGCAUCCACACCGGGCUCAAGCCUUACGUGUGCGGCGAGUGUGGGAAAAUCUUCAGUGACAGCUCCACCUGCAUCAAACACCAACGCAUGCACACAGGGGAGCGGCCCUACAAGUGUCCAGCCUGCGGGAAGAGCUUCAGCCAGCGCUCCCACCUCCUGCAGCACCAGCGGGCGCACGACGGGGUUCGGCCCUACGCGUGUGGGCAGUGCGGCAAACGUUUUGGGCAGAGCUCUGACCUCAUCAACCACGCGCGCACCCACACGGGUGAGAAGCCUUACAAAUGCAGUCAGUGCGGCCGGGGCUUCAGCGGAAACUCCAACCUCAUCAAGCACACCCGCAUCCACACCGGUGAGCAGCCGUACCACUGCAGCCAGUGUGGGGAAAGCUUUCGCUUCCAGCCCCAGCUGGUGCGCCACCAGAAGCACCAUACAGAGCAGUUGGGGUAGAGGGUAAAGGCUCUGUGGACACUAGGCAGGUCCCUG